AUAAUUAAAGUGCAUAGCUAAAUGCAUGUUCGUUUCCAUUUUAAAUUGAACAAUUUGUGAAAGGUGGGAAGUUAAUUGGGUAUGUGUUAGAUUAAACAAUGCCAAGCUACAUACGCAUACCUGGAAGAUGGUUUCUUGAAUUGAAAAAACUAAAAAAAAACAUUUAAGUGGAAAACGUGCACGAGCAGUAAGUAUCAGGCGCGUCCUCGCCUCUUCUUGUCUGAGCAAUAAAAUAACAUUUAAUCACUGCAUUGAAUUAACGUCCAUAACGAGAAACACACACAUCUCCUGUUCUUUGUUGUGUUUUUUUUUUAUAAGCCUUGUAUAAAUCUGUAAGCGUCUCACGAAUAAAAUCCAAAUAUUCUGAGGCGGAAUGGUAAAUAAAUAAAUAUAUUCCCCAUUCAUCGUCUACUUCCUGGUGUUCAUCGGAAAAGAGCUGCUAGCGGAUAGCGAUGUUUACGGUCGGAUCUGACACCGGGCAUCAUAUCGUUUGCGCGACCGCGUAGAUUUGACGGACGUCAUUCUUUACGUUUUUACUGAGACGUGUAACCGAGAAGAUGUCUUCACAAUGACAGGACGAUGCAAUCAGUGUCAGACCAGGUGAUCACGCUAUCUCAGUCAGAUUACUAUCCUGUUAUCUCUAUGAUGAGACGAGGCUAUUAACAUUGAAUCUCAAAAGCUAGACUAAUAUUUGAUAAAAACGCAAGAGGAUAUAGCAUUGUUCUCGUUUGUGUCCAUUCUGGAUUACUUCAAUAUCGUCUGUGAGGGAGAAAAUGGCAAGAUUGAAUCUAACUGCAAAGCUUGUGGCACAAGGAUUCAGGCUAAACGGACAGUUACUUCUAACUUUGUUACACAUUUAAAGCGCAAACAUCAGGCCAUGUAUGAUGAGUUUGUGAGGAAGAAAGAUGUGAAAAGGGAGGCAAUGCAGAUGUGUACUGGCCCUCCAAGUGGCAGAGUGAUCUCUCAGAGUGGUGCUGGAAUGAACAAGUUUGACUACAGUGACCCUCGCCAGUCCCUAAUUUCAGAAGCCAUUGCCAAGAUGAUCAUCCGAGACCUGCAGCCGGCACAGAUAGUGGAAAAUGAGGGUUUUCGGGAGCUUCUUCAGCUACUGGAGCCCCGUUACAUACCAGUACCAUGCCAUUAUAUACAACAGCAGCUCCUGCCAGCCUACGUCACCCAAGUCCAACUAGCCGCCAAACAGGCUUUAAAAGGAGCCGAGUCCUGCAGUGUGACCCUUGACCUGUGGAGCUCUGUGGGUCAUAACACUAGUGUUGGGUUUCUUGGAGUGACUUGUCAUUUCAUUAACACAGACUGGCAUAUCAGAUCCGCUCUUUUGGCAUGCUUACCUCUUCCAGACCACAGCAACACUCAGCAAGUGCUCAGCGAAUUUGAUGAGAUCUCUGAGUCCCAUGGCAUCUCUGGCAAAGUGUUCAGAGUCGUUGCAGACUUGUCGCCCUGUGAAAACAGAUCAGCUUUUCGUCUUCCUGGGUUCAAUCUCGUUAGAAAUGGUGAAGAAGAUGAGGAAGAUGGUAGCGAUGAAGAGUCCAGUGCAGGGGAAGCCAAAGACGCCAUUAGUAGCAAAGAGAACAACAAGUCUUUAGAUCAGUGUCUUGGUCGAAGUAGGAUAGACUGCUUUGCUCGAUUACUAGCUCAGUGUGUUAAGGAAGGAGUUUGUGGUUCCCCUCAAAUAUCCAUUCCUCUAAACAAAGGAGCCCACCUGUAUAACUACAUAAUUGCUACAGUGGCUCCUGAAAAACUUGUCCAAGUGUUCGGCUCCAGCACCUCAACAAAUUGGCAAAGACCCUCAUCCACAUACAAGUGGAAUGCUCAGUUAAAAAUACUACGGCAAAUGGUAGAGUCAAUGGAUUUUCUUGAAGACAUUGUGGAUAGACAUGACCUUGUCCUCAGUAACUUAGAAAAAGCAGAGCUACGGGAGCUGGUUGAAGUGUUGGAGCCUUUUGAGGAGGCCUCAGACAUGGUCCAAGGAGACAAGCACGUGUCCAUCAGCCUAGCCCUGCCCUGUGUGCUAGGUCUGCGCAAGCACCUGGCCGAGGUCGUUACUCACCAGUGCUCUGGGAUCGUGAUGGCAUUGUCUCAAGCUCUGGACCGCAGACUGGCAGGCAUUCUUGAGGACCCGCUUUAUGUAACAGCCACCACCCUGGACCCACAGUUCAAGCUGUCCUGGAGCAGUGACAGCGACUGGCACAAACAGGUGCUGCUGGAAGAGGUUGGAAAGCAUACUCGGCCUUUGAGUCCACUAGAACAUCACUCAGAGGCCCAGCCGUCACCGUCCAAACGCUGCAAGCUGUUCUCUUUCAUUAAGCAGAGGCCGACCACUCAGGCCAAGACUGUGGAGCAGGAGCUGUCCACAUAUCUCCACGAAGAACCCACAGACGAGGAUCCACUACAAUACUGGAAACGCAAGUCCAUCGACUUCCCCCUACUCUCACAAGUAGCCAAAAAAGUUUUUACUGUGCCAGCAACAACCACAUCAGUGGACCAGAUAUUUAACAUGGUUAGUAAGACACUCAGACCAGAGCAAUGCCGACUUCUGCCAAAAAAUCUGGACACUCUGAUUUACCUAAAGGCUAACUAUAGGAUACUUUGGUCCUAACUGCAAAGAGAGCUAUUUUCUAUGGAUUUUCUUUUUACAGAUAUCACACCAAACACCUCAAAUGCAAAAUGGGGAUUGUGCCUGAUAUUUGUCUAGCUAUAAAGAACAGUGCAUUUACCCCAAAGUAAACAAAAUACUGUUGUCAGCUAAUACAAUUUUUCUUUUUAGGUACAAAAGUUACGCAUAAAUUAGAUUAAGAAACUAUUACGAGUAACAAUUUAUAAUAACUUUUUUCUAUCUAUCUAUCUACCUAUCUACUUACUAUUUGAAAAUAUAAUGGAAUCUAAUGAAAAUGAAAGUUAUUAUAAAAUGUUAACCUAUUAUGACUCAUUAUCUGAUGCUGGUUGCCUUUAUUGAAGACUUAUAAAACAUUAUGUUCUGUCAACUCACUUUCUUCACCCAAAACUGCAACAAGAUCAUACAAGUGCAGUGCAUACUGUACUUAUUAUUGAUUAAGUGUUAAGUAUUUACAUAACAAUUUUCCUUCACUAUCAGCAUGACCAAGUACCCCAGAAAAUACACACUUCUUGUAGCCAAAUGCUUUCUUAAAACACCUUUAAGAAAAAGAAUAGUACAUUUCCAGCUAAAUUAAACAAUGUUAUGAAACAUUUAGUGUAUAAUAGUUAGCUUUAUAUUAAUCUAAGGAAAGAACUGGUCAAAUAGAGUUACUGUGUAGCUGACAGGCUUUUUGUGUGGGCUCUUUGUGUACAAAACCCACAGGGUAGAAAGCUGUAGGCAGGUUCUGUAAUUGAAAAUAAUUACAUUUCAGGCCUAUGGGGAAUCGGAGAACACUGAUGGUGGACUGCAGUCUCUCGCUGGCAGGACUGAACCGAGAGCAAUCAAGCCUGUGGGAUAUUAACAAGAGUUGUUGUGCAUUAAGGACCUUUUGUUAUGAAAAAGACAUUUCCAUUUCAGUAAAAGUGUUUGUUAUCAAACCUGA